CGGGAAACUAAAAAUGGCGGAUACGGGAAAUGUCACAAACGAUGAUUAAAAAAAAAAAAAAAAAAAGGAAAAAAGGGAAGUAAUGAAAAUUCCCGAAGGAGAUCGUCGAGGGGUGAUCUGUGAAAGAGGAAGAGCAACAUGAACAACAAGAGAACGCUGUCCGCCGAAGACGACGACGAUGACUUCCUCUCCGAGGUAGCAGCUGCGGCAGAAGCCCAUGCCCUCUCCCACUCCAAGCGCUUCAGAACCACCUCCGCUCCGGCUGCCCCCGCCGCCUCCAAGGAAGGGAAGCCGCAGCCCCAGGAGGGAGCGUACCUCGCUGCUCUCAGAGCAGACGACGCCCUUCGUCCGUGGCAGCCACAGCAGCAGCAGUAUAGGAAUUUCAGCUCCCUCCCGAGUACGGUCAAGGUCGUAGCGGCAGACGGUAGCGAUGGUGCGUGCUUCAAGUGUGGGAAACCGGGCCACUGGGCGAGGGAUUGUGACUCUGCUGGGGCUGCAGGAGGAGGAGGCGGGGGAAUCGCUCGAUCUGAGGCGUCCGAGCCCGAGAAGGCGUGUCCCUGUGGAGUGGGCAACUGCGUUGUCCUCACGGCUAAUACCGAGAAGAACAGAGGACGAAGGUUCUAUAAGUGCCCUCUCAAAGAGGAAAAUGGGGGAUGCGGUUUCUUUCAGUGGUGUGACAGUGCUUCUGGAAUGAACAACACGACUACCGCAAGUUACAACAGCAGCUUCACUUCUUCAUAUCCGAAUCUGUCUUGUCCAUGUGGUGCUGGAUUUUGCCUGAUUUUGACAGCAAAAACCGGGAACAAUGCCGGACAGCAGUUCUAUCGUUGUCCUGCGAACCAGGAAAAUUCCUGUGGUUUCUUUAAGUGGUGCAAUGACCAGACAUCUGUAGCUGCUGCUCGUCCAUCGACUGCAAAUAAUAACAGCUAUGGCAGCAACUUCAACAACACAAACAGCAGAAGCUAUGGCACGAAUGGUGGUUCAUCCUGCUAUAAAUGUGGCAAGGAAGGGCAUUGGGCGAAGGAUUACUCUCUUUCAACUGAUGUUUCUUCUGGUCCAACUAGACCAGCAGCAAGCAAGGUCUACAGCAGCAACUUCAACAACACAAACAUCAGAAGCCAUGGCACAACUGGCGGUUCAUCCUGCUUCAAAUGUGGCAAGGAAGGACAUUGGGCGAAAGACUGCUUGGAUUCAGCUGAUGUUUCUACUGGUCCAAAUAGAAACCCGUCUUCGUCAGGAUCAUGUUAUAAGUGCGGGAACCCAGGCCACUGGGCAAGAGAUUGUCCAAUGUGAUGUUUAAGGCUUGUGUUAAGGGUAUAAUAGCAAGCACUGAAAUGAAACCGAACUUCUAGUGAAAGGACCAACGCGAUGUUUAAGGUUUAAGGCUGCUAUGUUUUUUCUUGCGUUAUUGCUGCAGACAUAUAUUCAGUAGGAUAUUAUAUACAAAGGUUCCUUUUAGUCUGUUGCU